AUGUCUCUCGGUCAACACCACACCUGGCUUCCACCAGGCCAUCUUCGCCCUCCCGAUGACCACCACGAUUCCCAUCCUGUCGUCAAUGGCCUCUCAAAAGUCCCGUCGCGACCCCGUACUCCCCAGUUCCGAUUCCGCGCUAGCACCGACGGAGCGCAGCCCGGAAACAUGAUAUCCGAAGCUGAAACAACUCCGGAAGAUGACCCGCGUAUUGCCACCUUUAGGGAUUGCUAUCAGAAAGGCGAAGCAAAAAUUGGCGCAUUGUUUACUUUCGUCAAAGCUUCUGAUACCGGUGACAAUGAUGCUGAAGCUUCUGAAGGGGCCGCGGUCGGUGCUACCGCGGCCGACAGUCAAGCGCAAUCCUCAGCUCCUCCCCGAAAGGCAGCGCGCAAACUGGACGACGAUGACUAUGACGACUACGAUGAUGAGGAAGAGAGUGAUGGUGCUCCUCCGGUUUCCUCCCCGCUUAAAUCAAAACUCCCGGCCGCUCGACCAGAUUCCCACUCCCUGCCUUUUCCGCCUCAAAAGCAAGCGAUCACCCUAACCUCAUCGUCAGAUACCUCGAAGGAUUCAAAGAAGGAAUCAUUAGAAGAUAUCCGCAAAAAAUUGGAAGAUGAUAAAAAGGCAAUCGAAGAGACUGCGAAGCGAAGCUUUCGUUCCUUGUUUUAUACCCUAGAAAAUGACCGGGAUGCUAUGCUGGACCAGCAAAGGCUAGAGGAGUCCGAGAGACAAGUCGAGGCGGAGAUGUCCAGCCAGGGUGCGAAUAAUGCCAAUCCCGCCCAUGCUACAACUUCUGGUCAUGGAACUCUGAGCAGUGCAAACCUCGGUGCCUCAAGCUUGACCCUGAAAAAUCUUAUUGCGCGCAUCGAUAUGAAACGCAGUGAAGUUCAGGCUUCGGAUGCUGAGCUGCGAAGUUUGAUGAGCGAAGUCAGGAAAAAUCGAAGUAAAUGGGCAAGUGAGGAGAAAGUUGGGCAGGAGGAGCUGUAUGAGGCUGCAGAAAAGGUUCUCAGUGAGUUAAAAGCUAUGACGGAGCACUCUAGUGCCUUUUUGACGAGAGUGAAUAAACGGGAAGCACCCGACUAUUAUAACAUUAUCAAACGCCCGAUGGACCUGGGGACUAUGACUAAGAAGCUGAAAGCGGUCCAGUAUAAGUCAAAACAGGAGUUUGUUGAGGAUCUCAAUCUUAUUUGGUCCAAUUGCUUGAAGUACAAUGCCAACCCUGAACAUUUUCUCCGAAAACAUGCCCUCUAUAUGAGGAAGGAAACCGAGAAGCUCGUCCCGCUAAUCCCAGACAUUGUCAUUCGAGAUCGCGCUGAGGUUGAAGCCGAAGAACGAAGACUCCAGCUGGCCGAGCUUGAUGGCGCUGAAGAGAGUGACGAUGAGCCAAUUAUGUCUUCCCGGGGCCGUAAAGCUCCCGGAAUGAAAUCCAAAAAGGGAACGGGAACUGGCAGGGUGACUAUUGGAAGCGGAACGGAAGCUACUCCUGGAGCUGAUACCAAACCUCAAGGAGCAGCGACAGUGCGCGCCGAAUCAGAUGCUGCUGUGGAUGGAAGCCAGAAUGGAUUUUCCACCCCUCCCCCUGGUACUCUUACUCCUCUUGGUUCGAAUGGACUCGGUACGGGUGCUCCUGGGAGCCAAGGUGACUCGAUGGAUAUUGAUUCUUUUGGUGUCUCUGUGAACUCGACAACACUGUCGCGACCAAUGAUAGAAUUUGAAGAUCCCGAAUACAAAAUAUGGAAGCAAGUCACCAAAAAGGACAGAGCACUUCUUGCAGCUGAAAGACAUCGACUUUUCAGUGGGGAUAAAUUGAAUUCCGAUGAGCCAGCUUUGCUGAGAACGAAGGCUGGGAUGAGGCGAUGGCUUCGAAACCAAAGACAGGCUACGGAUGAGGUUGAUGGAUUGGCUGUUGCUGGACCGCAGUCUAGGGAGGCGGAGACGACCGGAGAGACCUUGGCGGAAGGUAUUGAGGAGGAGGAAGACAAAAUGCUUCCAGAUUAUUACGAUACGAUGUCAGGAAUUCCUGACCUCCCCGAACAAUUACACUGGACCGAAGACUCUGAAGGCAACGUGGUAGACCCUUCAGAAGAGUUUCUUCGAAUUCUACCGAAGGGGUACUUUACAGCUCCCAAGAGCAAGUUCACGCAGAAAAUGGACGCAAACCUGCGUCAGAUGCAAGAGACACGGAAGAUAUGCUCGAAAAUAGGCAUUGUGAAGCAGAUGCAGCUUCAAUCACAGAUGUAUCAAAAUCAAUUUCAGAAAUACAAUCCAGAGCCCUUUGUGGAGCGCGAUGUCCCAACCCAUGUGAUGAAUGACAACGGGCCUGUCAUAAGCCCAUGGGUAUGCAGAGCAGCUCUCCAACGCUCUGUUGGGAAAAUCUUCUACAGCGCUGGGUUUGAGGAGUAUCAACCAUCCGCCCUUGACGCUAUUACAGACGUCGCCGCAGAUUUCUUCUAUAAGAUUGGAUCGACUCUUAAGACAUAUAUGGAAUCACCCAAGGUUCCACGCACUGAGCAAUCCACAGCUUCAUCUCAGUGGAAAUCACCGUAUACGGCGGAGAAGAUGAUUUUGCACACGCUUCAAUCAGUCGGGACAGAUGUAGAAUCUCUUGAAAGUUAUGUUAAAGAGGAUGUAGAUCGUCUCGGUCAGAAGCUUGGCGUUCUUCAUGAACGGAUGAAGAGCCAUCUUACUGAGUUGCUGCGCCCAGCAUUUAACGAUACAGGUGGUGAUGGAUCUAGUGCCUUCCAUGAUGGAAGCGAGCAGUUCGUCGGCGGUGAUUUCGCAGAGGAUAUAGAUGAAGACUUCUUUGGAUUUAAGGAGCUUGGCCUUGACAAGGAGUUUGGACUUGCAAGUUUGAGUGUACCGCUUCACUUACUGCAGAAUAGGAUGUAUAGCGCACAUCAAGCGCAGAACACAAACGCUGCGCAAACAUCUGCUGCCUUAUUUCCACCCCCACCGCCUUACCCCCGAAUAUCUCUUCAAACACUUUCUUCGCAAAUCGGCCUGGUACAGAACUUUUUCCUUGCAAAGCUCCAUGCUAAUAACGAUGAGCCUCUGGUCGAGGAUUUGGAGUUACCUCCUAAGCAGAGGCCAACAGCAGCAAGGCCACGAGUUCCCGCAUCUGGUAAAAUCCCCCAAGCUCUUCUGGGUGCUGGAGUAAGUUCCAGUCCGCAAAAGAGACCCGCUCCACCUGCUGGACCAGGUGGUUCAAAAUUUGGGGCCUCCGAACCCAGCAAGAAGAAAUCCAAGAAAAACAGCGGGACGGCCGGACCUUCAAACGCAGAAACAGGGAAUGAUGAAUCAGCGAAUUUAGCCAAGGGUUCAACUAGCGCUAAGACUCUUGGUAAACAGAAGGUUGGUUCAAUAUCAUUUGAUGAGAAAGCUGCCACAAUAUCGUCCAUGAAGGGCAAACCCGAGGCAGCUGUGGAUGGAAUCAUUGCGGAGAGCGAUUCAGAAAUGCCACCUUCAGCUAGCAAUGCGAAUAACGACAUUAAGCUUAACGGUUCAUCGAGCGCAUUAGUAAAUGGAGCAGACGCACCGGAUCAUGCAGCGGGUGGGAGUUCCACCUCUGGGGGCGGUGCCAUGCUCAGUCCCGAGAGUAUUAGUACGCAAUGA